AUGGCACAUGUCCGUUGGAGCCAGGUGCCCUUUGCGACUGUGCACCAUCAUGAGGACGAUGACGUUAAUGACGUGCAGCGCAGGCCACAGAUCCGAGCCCCAAGGGACCGUGAGCAGUCCAGGCGGAUCUGCUGGCCGGCAGUGGUAGCUGCUGUGGCCGUGUGCCUUUGCCUAUCCAUUUGGCAACUCAGCAGCCAGACGAACCACCUCCCUGAGGAUGCGGAAGCGCACGGGGACGUGGAAGAAAAGCAGGAAGUGCCACCAGCAGGAUCACAAGGAGGUACCUUGGAAGUGGGGCCAGGAUGUCCUUCGGCUUGUGGUAGCUUUGUGGCCUGCACCUUGAAUGUCACAAGUCAAAACAACAAUUUCCCGCUGGAGAUCAUGCAGAACCAAGGGUUCUUCCCCCUGAACCCCAAUAUCGAAACCAUCCUCUCCUUGACGCGGCUGUUCAACAAACAGAUCACUCCUUUCGUGGCCUGGAUCAAAUUUGUGAGGUGA